UUCACUUCUUAAACCAAGUACUUGGAAGUUAAGAAAAGCACAAACUGAAGUGGUAUCUGUAAAUGUCCCACUAUUUGUUCCUGGGAACAGACCAAGGUACUGACUUUUGCAACAAAUAGAGGUGCAUCGAUAUGUUGGUCCUUAUCUGAUCAGCACUGAUAAAGGGAAAAUUGACAUUAUCGACAGUUCGCUUUUUUUGGCUGGGGUAGCCAAUAAUGCCACUGAUAAAUGCUGCCUGCUUACGCACAGCCACAGCAUGCACACAGCCAGGAAUGCAGCCUGGCAGCUUGGAGACCAUCAUCCAGCUGAGUUUAAAAGCAGAUCCAGAAGAGCUGUUUACAAAACUGGAGAGAAUUGGCAAGGGCUCUUUUGGUGAGGUUUUUAAAGGAAUUGACAAUCGGACUCAGAAAGUAGUUGCUAUAAAAAUAAUUGAUCUGGAAGAAGCAGAAGAUGAAAUAGAAGAUAUCCAGCAAGAAAUCACAGUGCUGAGUCAGUGCGACAGUCCAUACGUAACAAAAUAUUAUGGAUCCUAUUUAAAGGAUACAAAGUUAUGGAUAAUAAUGGAAUAUCUUGGUGGAGGCUCUGCUCUUGAUCUAUUAGAACCUGGUUCUCUUGAUGAAACCCAGAUUGCCACAAUUUUAAGAGAGAUACUUAAAGGACUUGAUUACUUGCAUUCAGAAAAGAAAAUCCAUAGAGAUAUUAAAGCUGCCAAUGUAUUGCUGUCUGAACAAGGAGAGGUAAAGUUAGCAGAUUUUGGAGUAGCAGGACAACUAACAGAUACACAAAUAAAGAGAAAUACCUUUGUGGGAACACCAUUCUGGAUGGCACCUGAAGUAAUAAAACAGUCUGCAUAUGAUUCAAAGGCGGAUAUCUGGUCAUUAGGUAUAACAGCCAUAGAACUUGCAAAAGGAGAACCACCUCAUUCAGAGUUGCAUCCAAUGAAGGUUUUAUUCCUCAUUCCAAAGAACAAUCCACCAACGUUGGAAGGAAACUUCAGCAAACCCCUCAAAGAAUUUGUUGAGGCCUGCCUGAAUAAGGAGCCAAGCUUUCGACCUACAGCCAAGGAGCUCUUGAAACACAAAUUUAUAUUACGAAAUGCAAAGAAAACAUCUUACCUGACUGAGCUCAUUGAUAGACACAAGAGGUGGAAGUCUGAACAGAGUCAUGACGACUCCAGCUCUGAAGACUCAGAUGCUGAAACAGAUGGCCAGGCCUCAGGAAGCAGUGAUUCAGGGGACUGGAUUUUUACAAUUAGAGAAAAGGAUCCUAAGAGUCUGGAGAAUGGAGCAGCCCAGCCACAAGAGCUAGAAAAAAAUAAGGAAAAAAAUAUUCCAAAGCGGCCUUUGUCUCAGUGCUUAUCUACAAUUAUAUCUCCUUUAUUUACAGAGUUGAAAGAGAAAAGUCAGGCAUGUGGUGGCAACAUGGGAUCCAUAGAAGAACUGAGAGAAGCUAUUUAUUUAGCUGAGGAAGCUUGUCCAGGCAUUUCAGAUACGAUGGUAUCACAACUUGUACGGCGGCUUCAGAGGUACUCACUAACUGGAGGAAGCAGUUCAUCCCACUGAAAUUUGGGUUUUUUUGAGUUUUUCUAAGACAACAGUGAGCCUGUCAUGUCUGCAUUGAAGAAGUGCUCUCUAAUUUUGACCUACCCAAGUUAGUGGAGUGUUCUUCAGUGAAUGGACCUUCUUGAAUGUGCAACAACAAAAAGUCUCUCAGAUAGUGUUGCUUUUCAGCUCCUUAAAGCUAUAGUUUUUUAAUUAUAUAAUGCACAUACUCCAGGGAGGUGUCUUUUGUUUUGUAAAAUCUGAAAUGUAUAUUAAGGUUUGUGAUAAGGAAACUGAAGAUAUUGAGAAAUCUCAGGUAUCUUGCUUUAAGUGAACUCCUCUGGGAGAUAGAAAAAUGCUCUGUUGGAUUUGUGUACAGAUUUGUAUAUAGUGUUGCUUUUUUACUGAAACCCUUUCAACGUGCAUAAGGAAUCACUGUGUACAAAAUGGCCAAAUGCUUCUGUAGAUAAUGCUAGUGGGGUAAAUAUUUGACAGGCCAUAACUGAUUAUCGCCUUGCCUUUAUUACAUGUACAUUUUGAAUUAUGUGAUAAGUGAUUUUGGUUGAUUUUGUAUUUUGAAGGAUUUGCCAUUGAAAGAUCGUUAAUGCCGUAUUAUGAAAUCUAUCUGUACCUCAGCAGAUGCAAAAUUUCUUCCUGUCUGUCCUAACAAGUCUAAAGGUGAUGUCCUGACUAUGGUACUACUUUAGAUUGUUUUAAAUUUAGCACCUCUUUUCUCAUGAAGCUUUAAAUUAUUGUUUUUAUUUUUCCUACAGGAUGAAUGCUUUUAUAUUUUCAGUUUUAAAUUGUGCCAAUGCAAAUUGAACCAUAUGUAUUGUUCAACUUUAGUAUAUACUUGUGGAGCUUGUAGUGGAAUCUAAAUACCAUAUUUUCCAUCGCAGUAUGUUUGAAUGCUCACACAAAUAAAUUUUAUAACCUGCAUUUAUUUUGAAACAUCUCUUUAAAAUCUUGGCUUUGGGAGAGUGGCAAAUGGUUUCCUAAAAGAUAUGGUUAUUUUUAUUAUAAAAUGAAAUAGUCUUGGAAAAUAAAAGAAAAAAAACCCUGCAAAUUUAUCAAUGAAAAGAGAGCACAAUCCUUACAGCAUAAAUCUAUGCAAUUAAUAUUGAAAUUAGUAGGGGUUACUGAUUUCAGGAUUGAGCCUUAUGUACUAUGCGCACUAUCCCAUAACCAGUCUCCCUAAAGAAAAAUACUUGAAUUUUGAUGAAGAUUCUAAGCUAAAAUCUGCAGCAUUAUAGUGGUAAUUUCUAAAUUAGUUUAAGUUUUUCAGUUUCGUUCAAUGUAGUACUGUAUGUAUGUAUUUAGUUGAGUGGCAUUUCUUAAUGGUGAUGUGGUUUCUUAUAGUCUAUUCUACGAGGACAGAAAUAAGUAUUUUGUUUCCAGGAUGGGCAGGGGAGGUAAUAUUUCUGUUUUAAUUCAGAAAUUUAUAAUAUUCCAUGUCAGGUGUGUGUGGUAUAGUUGCUGUCAGAUGUCUUAUCUCUUCCCAGAUUCACUUUAGAACUUGGAAGAAUGAAUUGUAUAAAUGAAAGAAUUAAAGUAUAUAACCUAGGCUGGCAGGUGCAGUGUGUCUGUAGUAAAGUUGUAUCAAAGUGAUAAAUAGGCUAGGCUUUAUUUAAAAAUAAAAGCACUUCUUUUUUCUUUUUUCUAAGCAUAACUUUUUAUUUACUUUUAUUUUUUUUUAGAGGCUCAAAGACAGUAGUUUAAGGAGAUUAAGUUCAACUCUUGCUGUUACAUAUCUCCAAUUAGUAUCUGAAUCUUGGUGUAGUACAAUAAGGAAUUUACCUUUUAAAUGCAGAUGCAAUGAAGCAUUCUGCCAUUUUAUAUAUAGUGGAGGUUCUGCAGUAUAUGGAAAUGGACUGAGGUCUUUGUAACUGAAGUUGACAUGGAACCACUAAAACCUUCCCACUGUCAUCUCUUAACGUAAGAAAGUCUUAACAAGUAAAAUGAGGUAGCUGGGGGGGAAAAGCCUCUCCUCUUUUGACAUGUGAUGAGAGAGUCUAUUGAUGAAACAGUUUCAUGUUAAAAGUUCUAAAGCAGAAACCUGUCAGAAAAUUGUGCCAUGUUUUGAAGGUGUAUAGUUAUUGAUCAGUCCUUCAAAAAGUUGUACCUUUCCAUUCUGAAAAAAAUUAAGUUUGUUUUUUUUUUUAAAGGCCAGUUGGCUGAAAGCAAAAGGACUUGAAUUCAUUUAUGGAAUAGAUAAGUAUAUUUUUAUACGCAAUACAAAGCUAAUGCAGGAGAACCUUAAAAGCCAUGAUUCAUACUUCCUUUGAAUGUAGAAAUCAUUUGCUAGAGAAAAAUGUUGGUGUUUAGAAAUAAAAUUUGUACCAGUAAUAGUAAAUAUUUUUCAUUUAGGGUAAGUUCGGUUUCAGUUGUUCUGAGCCUAACAAACAACACAAUUUUAGUAAUGCUUUCCGAAUUUAUUUUCAGCUUAAGAAAAACAAUGUUAAAAUGUUGUACUUUGUGUAAGAAUUUCUGGUGUAGGUAAUGCAGCUCUGUUUAAGAAUCUCUUGAGUUCAAUAAGAGUUUAUUCCUGAAAUUCCUUAGUAAUGAGUUACCUUUUGCUCAUAAAAUCUUUUAAAUAGAACUGCUCCCUUGUCAGGGGUUGUGAAGUUAGGCACUUAAUAAAGUAUAAAAACAUUAACCAGACAAAAAAGCUUUCAACAUUGAAAGAUUUCGUCACUUUUGGCUCAGGUAGACAUUAUUUUUAGUUAGAAACAAUUAUUUCCUGUGAAGUUGCACUGUUGUAGUUUAGUAAAGUAUAGUGGCAUUAGUAUCUUGCAAAUUGCCUCUGGUGAAUAAAGAAGCUCCCCUCCCUCCCAUGUUAUCAAGUAUAAUUUUGCUUCUUUGUAGCCCCAACAUGUUUUUGUGAAAGGUCCUGAGUUGUAGUUGUAAAAUCCCUGGUUAAGUUUUGUGAUUUUUUUUUUUUAUGUAGGUUUUUUUUUUCUUUUUUGUAAACACAAUUCUGGUGUCAAUUUGUAAUACUUUUAUAUUUCAUUCCUUAAGAAAUACUGCUAACGUGUUUCAGCUAUGAAAAUGUCGAAGUUGGGAGAUUAUCCGGAAGUGUUUACAAGCACAAGUAUAAUGCUAUUAUUACUAAAGAUCUCAGAAAUAAAUUAUUUUUGUAAUGCAGGGAGGUGGGGAAAACCUAAAAUGUAGCACAAAGUGUGGGGGGAAGAGUUUUUCUGUCUUAAUAAAAUUCUAAGUGUAUGCUGCAUGUAUGCUAUUGCCCUGGGCUUAUGCAGUAGUUCCAUUGUACAUGAUUGGGUUUUUGCCCUCCUUCAGCAUGAAUUGACAAGUUCUGCUUACAGAGGACUACUAAAGGGUACAGUAUUGUUUUCUGUAACAUAAUUGAAUAAUUAUACCCCUGUAUCUGAACUUUGCUUUUGUCAUUCUACAUCAAGGCAUUGAACCCCGUGUAUACUAUAUGACAUAGAAAUAAAGGAGGUGAAAUUUGA